CAGCGCCUGAGGCCGGGCCCGCGCCGCAUCCUGCUCGCUCCUCCGCGCAGCGGCAGCCCCGGGCCCCAGGCGCGCGGCCCUCGCCCUCCUGCCCCGCUGCGCUGCGCCAUGGAGGAGGGCCCUCUGGUGGGCGGGCUGCCCAGCCCGGAGGACGCGAUGGUGACCGAGCUCUUCAACGCCGAGAGUCCGUUCGUUUCGGAGAACCUCGGCCUGAAGGCCCCCGUGAAGCACGAGGAGGACGAGUUCCACGUCUUCAAAGACGCGUACCUGGGCCCGGCGGACCCCAAGGAGCCCCUCCUGCAAGCGUUCAACGCCGCGCUGGGCGCCGACUGCCAGGGCCAGGUCAAGGCGGAGCUCCCGGGAGCCGACGGCGACGGCGGGGAGCUCCUCGGGGACGACGCCGGGAUCCCCGAGCUCGGCGCGCUGGAGGACGUCGCGCUCCUGCAGGCCCCGCCGCCGCCCACCUGCAACGUGCACUUCCUGUCCUCGCUGCUGCCCCCGCACCGCGGCUCCGCGGUGCUGCCCCUGGGCGCCUGGGUCCGGGAAGGAGCCGCCCACCCGGGCGUCCGGGUGUUCCCAGUUGAAAUCAAGGAAGCAGGUGGUACUAUCACAAGUAAUAAUCAGGAAGAAGCAACUUUCCAGAAUCUUCUUGCUCAGGAAUCCUGUUGCAAGUUCCCAUCGUCCCAGGAACCAGAGGACACCUCCUGCUGUUCUCAUAAGAAAGAUUCCAACCCAAUGGUAAUAUGCCAGUUGAAAGGGGGCACACAAAUGCUGUGUAUAGACAAUUCUGGAACAAGAGAACUAAAAGCACUCCACUUGGUUCCUCAGUAUCAAGAUCAAAAUAGCUAUCUACAGUCAGAUGUCCCUAAACCAAUGACUGCUUUAGUAGGAAGAUUUUUGCCAGUACCAGCAAAAUUAAAUCUCAUUACACAACAACUUGAUAAGGGAGCCUUAUCAUCAGUAGUCAACGGGUCUGCUUUCCCCUUGGGAUCAACUCUUCCAGGACCACCAAAAAUAACUUUGGCUGGGUACUGUGACUGCUUCGCCAGUGGGGACUUUUGCAACAACUGCAAUUGUAAUAACUGUUGCAACAACUUGCAGCAUGAAAUUGAACGGUUUAAAGCCAUUAAGGCAUGUCUUGGUAGAAAUCCAGAAGCCUUCCAGCCCAAAAUUGGGACGAGCCAAUUGGGCGAUGUCAAGCCCCGGCACAGCAAAGGGUGCAGCUGCAGGAGGUCGGGCUGCCUGAAGAACUACUGUGAGUGCUAUGAGGCCAAAAUUAUGUGUUCUUCUAUUUGUAAAUGCAUUGGUUGCAAAAAUUAUGAAGAAAGCCCAGAACGAAAGACACUAAUGAGCACGCCAAACUAUGUGCAGAGUGGAGGUUUGGAAGGCAGCCACCAUUUGUCACCAACUAAAUUUCCAGGACUUCCAAAAUUCAGUAAAGACAGGCGGCCGUCCUCGUGCAUCUCCUGGGAGGUGGUGGAGGCCACGUGCGCCUGCCUGCUGGCUCAGGGCGAAGAGGCUGAGAAAGAGCACUGCUCCGAGGGCCUGGCGGAGCAGAUGAUCCUGGAGGAAUUUGGAAGGUGCUUAUCCCAGAUUCUCCACAUUGAGUUUAAAUCCAAGGGGCUGAAAAUGGAGUAGAGUAACGUGUGAAUGCAUGUUGAUUCUCAGUCUAGAAAUCACUAGUUUAGAAAGGUUGUUUAGGGGAACGUGAGGCUGGCUCUGCAGCAACAAGCAGGCUCCCCGCAUCCCUGGGCCUGGAGCUCACCCCAAGCUCUCUGAAUAUGUGGCAAUCCACGCCCCCUUUUCUGAGGAGAUGCGUGGCCUGAGCACUGUCCGUCUAGCCCAGAGGGAGCGCUUGGGUUCGCCUAGUCCUGGGAGAGUGUCUGCAGGGC